AUGUAUGGAGAUUUGGGUAACAAGCUGGUGCAACAUGCUAAACGAACGCAAAACCUUGCACAUCUGCCUCCAUAUCAAGCCGAAAUAGUACGAGCCGUGACGCGAGAAGUCAGAGAUCUCGAUAAAGACGUGGCGGAACUACUGGAGCCAUUUCAGGGCUCGUUCGACCCAUCUGCAGACCAGGCAACGGCAUGCACGCUGCUAGUCAACCAUCUCUCGAUGCGUAGAAACAAGCGGUGCCUACUUGCAUACCAUCGAACUCGAACAGAUAAACUUGAAGAGUUGGCUUGGAAGGGUAUAGAUGUGCUCGAUCUGUCAGGGCAACAAGUCCGCAGCAAUCCAGGUCCAUUGGGCGGUGGGAUCAAUGGCAGUGCCGACGGACCAACAAGCAGCCUCAGUCCACAAGAGGAGGAAUAUGCGAGGCAGUAUGGCGACCUAUUGGCUGCCUAUAAGGGGCAGUGGACUGAUAUCGACUUGACGGGAAGUCUGGAACCGCCUCGAGACUUGUUCAUCGACGUGAGAGUCUUGAAAGAUGCAGGAGAAAUACAAACUGAGUACGGCGCUAUCAACCUUACAAAGAACAGUCAGUUCUAUGUAAGGCAAGGAGACGUCGAGCGGCUCAUCGCACAGGGUUAUCUCCAAAAACUUAGUUGA